ACUGGGGAUAGUGCGGUGGCACAGGGGACACGUGGCUCACCCUCCUGCCUGCUCCAGCCACUCUGCUGUCCCUCCUCGGCUCCCAGCGGCUCACAGAGCAGAGGGACUCGUGCCGUGCCGUGCCGUGCCGUGCCAGCGGCCGGGCAAAGGUCCUGCUGUGACCUCUGUCCCCAGCCCUACCCCGCGCCCCGCCAUGGAGCUGCUGGGGGCUCUGAGCCCCCCGUGGUGGCUCCUGCCACUCCCGCUGCUGGCCCUGCUGCUCCGGGCCACGCGCAGAAGCCCUUGGGACCCCCGCAAGUGUCCCACUGACCUGACGGGCAAGACAGUGAUUGUCACCGGAGCCAACAGCGGCAUCGGCAAGUGUGUGGCCAUGGAGCUGGCGCGCCGCAACGCCCGCACCAUCCUGGCGUGCCGGAGCCGGGAGCGGGGCCAGGCGGCCGUGCAGGAGAUCCGGGCGGCCACCGGGAACCCGGCGGUGCUGCUGCGGCUGCUGGACACCGGCUCGCUGGCCUCGGUGCGCGCCUUCGCCGCCGCCGUGCUGCGGGAGGAGCCGCGCCUGGACGUGCUGGUCAACAACGCCGGCGUCACCGGGCUGCCCUUCGCCAUCACAUCAGAGGGCUUGGAGCAAACCUUCGCCAUCAACUACCUGGGCCCAUUCCUGCUCACCAACCUGCUCCUGGACCUCUUGAAGGCCUCGGCGCCUGCCCGGGUGGUGAAUGUGACAUCGUUCCGGCACAGCGUAGGCACGGCCGACAGCGGGUACCUGACGGGGCAGCGGUGCCCGGGUGGCUACGACGCCGCCUACAACAGCACCAAGCUGAUGAACGUGCUCUUCACCGCCGAGCUGGCACGGCGCCUGCAGGGCACAGGGGUGACGGCCAACGCGCUGAACCCCGGCGUGGUGAGCACCAGCAUCAUGCGCCACUUCAGCUGGCCCGUGCGGGCGCUCUUCGUCCUCCUCCGUCCCUUCAUGAAGUCGGCCGAGCAGGGCGCUGCCAGCACCAUCUUCUGCGCCAUCUCGGAGGAAGCCGCAGGCAUCACCGGCAAAUACUUCGACAGCAGCUGCCGGCUGGCGCUGCCCUCGGCGGCCGCCCGCGACGCCGCGCUGGCACGGAAGCUCUGGGAGGCAUCGGAGCGGCUGACGGGGCUCACGGAGCCCGACUGAGGCACCGGGAUGUCACCCCUCGUCGCGGGAAUGGGGACACGGAUGCUCUGCUCCCCCUGUGCCCUCCCUGUGCUGCCGAGGGGACGACACGGCGCCGGCCACGGGUGACUGUGACACUUUUAUUAAAAACCCCGGCGCUACUCCCA